AUGUCUAGCAAUCACUAUUCUAACAGCAAAUUCACCCAGGCGCAUGACCAUGCUAAAGCAGCCUCCAACGCUCAGCACCAGUCGGAGACGACGGUAGCAAUAAACGAACACGCCCUUGCCGCCGGCGAGUUCGCCAACGCAGCCCGCUCCACCUCGAGUAUCGAGGCCCUACGCACCCUAAAGCUUCUCGAAGAGCACCACCAGCGCCUCGCCGAACUCCUCAAGAUACCCUAUGACCGUCGCGCCGCCGCCGCCAGCCAGAACCCAUCCUCCGAAACCAUCGACGAGAAGCAGGAAUCGCAAGCCUCUGAUGCCACGAGCGAUGCUUCCUCACCCGAUGAUGGGCGCACCAAGUCCGGAUCAGGCCAGCAGCAGCAGUCCGCCGGCGGCAGCCCCGUCGCCGCCGUGAAGGGCGUUCCGUCCCUGGCGCAGCAGCGCCGGUAUCCGAGCCGCGAGAUGACCUCCUCCAUCGCGAGCAAUCUCGCCUCGGCGCGAGGUAUCCGCGGAAGCAGGAACCGGAGCCAGCCCAUUCCGCCGAGCGUUACGAACGACCAGGCGCCGGGCAACAUGGAAGUCCAGGCCCGGCGGGAUGGCUCGAGGACAAAGAUGCAAAGCGUCCUCGACCAGUCCGGCAAACCGGGCUGGAUCCCCCCAACCGGCACCACCGCCGACUCCCCGCGAAGGGAGACGGAGCCCAAGAAGACGGAAGAAGUCGCCUCGCCGGCAAGCGACGAUGGAUACUCCCGUUUCUACAGCACCUUUGGCAACAUCAUCAACCGCCUCUCCGCGCCCCUCGCCUUCGCAGGCCUGCCCCUCAUCACCGAGGAAUCCUCGUCUGUUACCUCGUCGUCGUCCAUUCCCGAGCCCCACGCCGAGACACCUCCAGAACCGGCCCCGGCAAAGCGCAGCAACAGACUCAAACCCUCCCCAGCAGCCCCCGCCGAACCAGACCUCUCCAAAAUCUACUCCCGCGCCACCCUCCGCGCGAUCUCGGCAAACAACCCCAACGACUCCUUCUACGUCGUCCCGACAAGCGGGCACACAAUGUCCUACGCCAACAUCCUCAAUUUCGCCGACAAGGAGAAGCGCCGCCUCGAGGCCUCGCUCCACAGCGGCGUUGGUGGAGGCGGCGGCGGCGGCGGUGCCGGUGACAGCCUCAUCGAAGACGACGAGGACGACUUUGUCGACGCCCGCGAGUCUCCGUCCAUGAUGAUGGCGGCACCAACAUCCCCCGGCGUAUCCCGACGACGAGGCGGAGGAGCCGCCGCCAGCAAAUCCAAAACAGAACAGAACCUCAAAAACACCGUCGAGGAACUCUACCUCGAAAACAGGGGCCUCAAGGACAUGCUCGACAAGCUCAGCAAACGGCUCCACGCGUUCGAAGCCACGGCGCAGAAUUCGAGUCUGGCGCUGGCGGAGAGCAUUCGUCUAAGACGGCCCGGGUCGCCUGCGACGGUUGGGGUGUCUCCUUUUACUACCGGUGGUGGCGGGGGCAUGUCGAGCACCGACGCCGUAUUGAAGGCGCGGAAUAAGGAGUUGGAGGAGCAGAUGGCCAUGGCGAUGCAGCGCAUGGAGGCGCUGGAGAAGGAGAACAGGACCAUGGCGCGGACGCUGGAAAAGUAUCGCGAAAAGUGGGAGAAGCUCAAAGCUGGUGCUAAGGCGAGGCGCCAGGCGCAGGGGGCCACCGGGGAGAGCGCCGAGGCGGAUGAGACUGCUGCUGCUGCGAGCUGA